AUGGGGUCCGCCAACUUCUCUCUCCCUCCUGCAGACUCUCCAGACCUCACCCUCGUCAUCCCAACUCCUGCAGAGCGUAUUCAAUGUCUGAAAUCAAACAGCCUGGAAUGGAAAGGCGUGCUGGACCCCGAGCAAUACAUCCAGCGUGAGAACCAUCUCAUGAGCCAGGAAAUGACCAGGGACGGCGCCAUGACCUGCUGGAUCCUGGUAGACCGCAACCUGGCCCCCGACCACCGCCCAAUUCUCAGUAGCUGUGAGUCAUUUGGCAAACGUGCCUUGCUAGCCUAUGAGGGUAGAGUCGAGGACAUCAUUGCCCACGGCAUCGGGAGUGUGUUUUCCAAACCCGAGUUUCGACGUCGGGGAUACGCUGGGCGGAUGAUAGCGGAGCUCUCGAUUAAACUGGAUACCUGGCAACAGGAGAAUUCGGUGCGGAAACAGAGCGUAUUUUCAGUUCUUUACUCAGACAUUGGCAAAACUUUCUAUGCGGAGCGUGGGUGGAAAGCUUUCCCGUCGUCGCACAUCAGUCUUCCUGCCGUCUCGAAAGAUACCAUGAACCAGGGCGUUUCGGGCGUUAAUUUGGAUCUGGUAAGGUUCAUGCAGGCUAAUGACGUCAAAAAGCUCAUGUGCUCCGAUGAGGUGCUCCAAAGGGAUCGUCAGGUUCUCAGAGAGGCAUCUCACCGCUCACAAAGGGCCAAGGUUGGCUUUCUCCCCGAUUAUGCAGCGAUGAGCUGGCACUGGGCUCGAGAAGAAUUCUAUUCCAGGAUUCUGGUUCCCGAAAAGGGAGAGCCGAAAGUCAAAGGCGCCUGUGUGGAAAGCCGCGGGGUAUUCAUCUGUUGGAAUCGGAGUUUUGGCAGGACUGAGAAGGACAACGUCUUGUUCAUUCUGCGGCUGCUAUACGAGGAGCCGAAAUCGCCAGCUGAAGAAAAGGCAGUAGCUGAGGCACUUGCCGCCACGCUCUAUCGCGCCCAGCUGGAGGCUCAUAACUGGGGUAAGAAUCGGGUAGAUAUUUGGAAUCCAACUCCUGUCGUCGAGAAGGCGGUGAAAAUGCUGUGUCCGACGGCGCAAGUCGAGCAUAGAGAGAAGAGCAGCAUAUGCAGUUUGAAGUGGAAUGGCGCGCAACUUGGGUUAGGUGAAGACGUAGACUGGUUUUGGAAUGAGAAGUUUGCCUGGUGCUGA